AUGGAUGCCUCUUUCAUUCUCUUUCUCGGCGCUGGAAAGUGCAAUGUGGUGGUCGACCUGCCUCUGCGUUUUGUGUCUAGCGCCUUGAGCUCAUCGUCAUCGCGCCUUACUGGUGCCGCCACGCAGCGCGCCGCCCUGCGCAUUCGCAACGCGGGACUACAGGAGUGCCCUGAGUGCUACCGCGCGCUGGAGGCGUACGCUGGUGGGCGGAAGGUCGUACCACUCUCCGCAGAUCUCUAUGCAGCCAUUGCAAGCGUCGUGCCGGCGAAGUUUCACACCCUGAUGAAAGGCGCAUCGGAGGCGACAUUAGUGCCCAACUUUACCAACGAUCCCGCACAGCUGCUCCGGAUAGGCGUGACUGCGCCCGAGGAGGCCGGUCGGGUUGCCGACUACACGGUGGAAGUAAAGCCGAAGAGCGCGUGGCAGCCACCACACAUUGUAGGUAUCGUGGUGGAUGGCGCAGCCCACUGGAUCGAGGAGACGAAGCACCGCCACUGCCGCUACGCCCAGAUGCUGUGUUACAAGAGGAUACGAGAUAGUGCGGAGGAGGCACCGGCGUCGGUGGCUGCGGCAGGACUGCACGGCAGUGCGAGCAGCGCCAAGGGGGGCAGUGCCCCCUACUGCCCGAAUUACUUGUUUCGUCCCAACCUCUCGUCGCGCGAUGGGCUGCAGCGACUCAUGCACAGCCCACAGAACAACCUGAGGGUGAUCAGCUACCACGCAUCCCGCAAGGUCAACCACCCAGGCAACCCAGAAACACUGACGGUCGAGGAACUGAACGGCAUCGCGGACGCCAUCGAUGCCUCAGGGGUGCUAGUUCCCUUAGCCCACCUACAGCUUUACGGCUGCGCCCCUGCCAACGCAGAUGCGUUGCCGGAAGAGAUUCAGUCGCGCUCGGUGCCAGUCCUGGACGCACAGCUGCUCCACCACUGGUCUGUUGCACAAAACAAAAAGGAUGUUCAAUGGAUUGUCGUGGAUGUAGACUCGGAAACCCUCUGUAGCUGCACCUCGUUUACUGAUGAGGAGGCUUACAAGGGACUGAGUUGUGCAAACCCUCGGUAUGUGGUGCCAUCUUUGGACUACGCAGCAUGCCUCGACCGCUUUUACGUCUCCACAACAGCCAAAGACGUGUCUCUGAUGAUUGCGGUCUCGUGUCGAAGGAGCGAAUCGGAGGAAUCUGUUAGCGACUACUCGGUUCUGACCGAUGUUCCCCCAGAGGUGGGUGGUGGCUGCUUUGUUCGCCACAGCCACGACGUUUACCGUGUCGGCGUGGUGGACCUGGACGUCAAAACGCACAAGGCGCUGGAGCACUACCACACGCACGACAAGAACAUCACCAACGCCUUCAUGCGCCACAACAACAACAAGAGGGGUGCGUGA